CGCCGCCAUGAUGCUUGUUUGCUUUCAAUGAAAACGAGGGGGGCGCAGAGGAGGAGGAGGCGGCGGCGUCGGUGGCGGCGGCGUCGGCUGCGCGAAGGCGAAGGCAGCAGUGGGUGCAGCGAGGAGGGCGAGGCCGGAGGCCGAGAGGCCGGGAGGCCGUAGUGGCGGCCCAUCGAGGCGGCUGAAGCGGGCGGCUGACGCGGUGGAUCUCGGAGGGAGAACAAAGAGCGGCGGCUGAGGCGGCAGAGGAGCGGCGACGGCGGCGCUGCAGCAGCGGGCGGGACUGGUAUGGUGGUUCCACAGGUCAGACCCCGCUGCACUCACAGGGAGGAGGCGGCGGCAGCGGCGGAGGAAGGCGGCGCACCCCAAGAGGCAUGCCCAAAGAAAAAUAUGAGCCCCCUGACCCUCGGAGGAUGUACACAAUUAUGUCCUCUGAGGAAGCAGCAAAUGGAAAGAAAUCACAUUGGGUGGAGCUUGAAAUAAGUGGAAAAGUAAGAAGCUUAAGCUCAUCUUUGUGGUCACUAACUCACUUGACAGCUUUGUAUCUAAGUGACAAUUCCCUGUCCCGCAUUCCUUCAGACAUUGCAAAGCUUCACAAUCUGGUGUAUCUGGACCUGUCCUCUAAUAAAAUCCGGAGUUUACCGGCAGAACUCGGAAACAUGGUAUCACUCAGGGAACUCCAUUUAAAUAACAACCUGUUACGAGUUCUACCUUUUGAGCUGGGAAAACUGUUUCAGUUGCAGACUUUAGGCCUGAAAGGAAAUCCACUUACCCAGGAUAUAUUGAACCUCUAUCUGGAACCAGAUGGAACAAGAAGGCUACUGAACUAUUUGCUUGAUAAUUUGGCAGGUACUGCAAAAAGAAUUUCAAUAGAACAACCACCUCCAAGAUCUUGGAUUAUGUUACAAGAACCAGACAGAACACGGCCAACUGCCUUGUUUUCUGUCAUGUGCUAUAAUGUUCUUUGUGAUAAAUAUGCGACCCGGCAGUUAUAUGGCUACUGUCCAUCAUGGGCACUAAAUUGGGACUACAGGAAAAAGGCCAUUAUUCAAGAAAUCUUGAGUUGCAAUGCUGAUGUCAUAAGUCUUCAGGAGGUUGAAACAGAACAGUAUUACAGUUUUUUUCUGGUAGAACUGAAAGAACAUGGCUAUAAUGGAUUCUUUAGUCCUAAAUCUAGAGCUAGGACAAUGUCAGAACAAGAAAGAAAACAUGUUGAUGGCUGUGCAAUAUUCUUUAAGACAGAAAAAUUUACUUUGGUUCAGAAACACACUGUUGAAUUUAAUCAGCUAGCAAUGGCAAAUUCAGAAGGGUCUGAAGCUAUGCUGAACAGAGUCAUGACAAAAGAUAACAUUGGAGUUGCUGUACUGCUAGAACUUCGAAAGGAAUUGAUUGAAAUGUCAUCUGGAAAGCCACAUCUUGGAACAGAAAAACAACUUAUUCUCGUGGCUAAUGCUCAUAUGCACUGGGACCCCGAAUACUCUGAUGUGAAGUUGGUUCAAACAAUGAUGUUCCUCUCAGAAGUGAAGAACAUCAUUGAUAAAGCCUCGAGAAGCCUCCAGUCCAGUGCAUUGGGAGAAUUUGGAACUAUUCCACUGGUGUUGUGUGCAGAUCUUAAUUCUUUGCCGGACUCUGGUGUUGUGGAAUAUUUGAGCACUGGUGGAGUAGAAACAAAUCAUAAAGACUUUAAGGAACUGAGAUAUAAUGAAAGUCUUACAAACUUCAGCUGUAAUGGGAAAAAUGGGACAACCAAUGGAAGGAUCACUCAUGGUUUCAAGUUAAAGAGUGCCUAUGAGAGUGGCCUGAUGCCUUACACAAAUUACACGUUUGAUUUUAAGGGUAUAAUUGACUACAUCUUCUAUUCUAAACCUCAGCUGAACACUUUAGGCAUCCUGGGACCUCUGGACCACCAUUGGCUAGUUGAGAACAAUAUCAGCGGCUGCCCACACCCACUCAUCCCCUCUGACCACUUCUCACUUUUUGCACAACUGGAGCUCUUACUGCCUUUCCUGCCCCAAGUUAACGGCAUUCACCUUCCUGGCAGGAGGUAGUCAAGUACCUUCAGAGGAUGACCUCAGUUUCACUCAUAAACUCGUAAAAAAUCUGAACAUAGGGGAGUGAGGUAUGGCCACUAGGGAUUUUUUGUUUUCUUAAUGAUGAUUUGAGUUUUCAAUCUGAUUAUUUGAUAAGGAUAUAGUAUGAAAGCCAGGUGCUAGCAAACAGACAAAUUCUGAGCCCGAUAUGCUUUAUAUACUGUUAGACAGGGACUGGUGUGUUUGCACCUAUCUUUAAUUUGUUACAAGUAAUUUUCCUGUUUCUUCUAUCCAAUAUAAUAUUUUCAUGCCUUGAAAUAGGAAAAUGUUUGAACAGCAUAUUCUCUUUGCACAGAAAUCUGUAGCACUACUUUUUUGAGGCCAGUAAUAACAUCCAGAGAUCAUUCUUCCAUACUUUACUCCCUCCUUUUUCAGACUUGUUUGUAAAAUAUAGAAUUUAAAUUUAGCCUUUAUGAUUGUAUAUGAUCCACAGAAGACCUGAUUUAUGAAAUUUUGUACUAAAAAAAUCAGAUUUGGAAAUGAUUGUAUUGUAAUCUAAGGCUAAGUUUUUUUUACCUGUUUCAUGUGUUAUAAAGGCCAGCUUGUAAAAGAAGUUGCAACAGACUUUCUCUGCUGAUGAUUUGCACUGUUGGGUUUUGUUAGCCCUUUUGUACUACUUUGUUUUUAAAUUGAGAACAUUGCUCUUUAAAUCUAAAUCUGUUUAAAGUUUAGGACAUUUUCUUGGACCAGAGGCAACUUACCCAUGAAUUCCUGGGUUUUUACAAAAAACUAUCUACCAGGACAGAUAAGCUGAGCAGUGAAUGAUCUGUAGGCAUUAUGGACUGAAUGUAAUGGUUGAUAUAUGUACAUUCUGAUAUUUUUAAAUCCUCAGCUUUUUUAAGUUACAGAAUUACAGCUGCUUAGGGACAGCUUCUUAACUCCUUUUUGAGACACUUCCUGUCCUAUCUCCACUGUGCCUGCCUGAAUUUGUUCUCACCAAGCACUGCCUGUGCAUGCAGAGAAAAUCUGUGCAUCCUCUUUUAUAUUUUUAAAUACUGUUUAACAUUUGUCAGAGUUUUAUGAAAAUGCUUUUGUAUGGGCUGUGGCUUUUUUUCCAUUGUGAAGCAUUGAAUAUCACAUUUUGGAACAUGUUCAUAGGGUGGGUCCCUGGGUCUUUACUCACCAGACCCAAGCACUGCUUCUUGGUGUCAUUGCACAGUGCUGUUGGUCACCCAGAGUACUACUAUCAUGUGAAUUCUUUUUGUUUUCCAUGUAUUCCUUAGUUUCCAUGUUUUUUAGAAAUCAUUCCUUUAAAAAAAAAGUAAUUUUCCGUUUAUGAAGCAGUAUAAAAUAAAUGAGAUGUAUUUUCAAAACAGGUCCCUAAGACAAUACUUCAGAUCAUUUUAAAAGUGACUAAGUCAUUUUAACAUGUCAACCAAGAUAAAAGUUAUAUUAUACCUUGUAUUUUGCCCAUAGUGCUGUUAGUAGAGAUUAAAGCCAGCUUUAACUUUGCAAAGUUAACUCCUAUAUGUUCUGUUCUCAUUCAUUCAUUCUCUCAAAAAAUCAAAUGAAUUCACAGGGAACUUGGUCUAACUGCUUUUGUUUCAACUGCAGGCAGGGGAGCAAAAGGACACCAUGUAUGUGAGCAUUAAGAAAAGAAAUUGUUGAAUGUUAAUAACAGUUUUUAUACAGAGAGUGAGUCAUUUUGGAUAAUGACUUAAAAUUUUAUGAAAAAUGUUUAGCACUUAAAUGUGCUUAUUCUGU